AUCUAUUUGGAAUUUAAGACAACUAUUGAGAGUGCCGUAUUAUUCCAUGCAACUGGUCCAACAGAUUAUAUUAAGCUUAGUAUUAUUGGUGGUAAUAAAUUACAAUUUCAAUAUCAAGCAGGCAGUGGACCAUUAGGUGUGAAUGUUGGCACAAGUUAUCAUCUCAAUGACAAUAAAUGGCAUACAGUUAGCGUUGAACGUAAUAGAAAAGAAGCUCGUCUCGUCGUUGACGGUUCUAUAAAAGCUGAAGUGCGUGAACCACCAGGUCCUGUACGUGCACUUCAUUUAACAUCAGACUUAGUUGUCGGUGCUAAUACUGAGUACCGUGAUGGUUAUGUUGGUUGUAUACGUGCUUUAUUGCUGAAUGGUAAAAUGGUAGAUCUUAAGGAAUAUGCAAAACGUGGUCUUUAUGGUGUUACAGCAGAUUGUGUUGGACGCUGUGAAUCAAGUCCUUGCUUAAAUAAUGGUACCUGUAUUGAACGUUAUGAUGGAUAUAAUUGCGAUUGUCGUUGGAGUGCAUUCAAAGGACGCAUUUGCGCUGAUGAAAUUGGUGUCAACUUGCGGUCCAGUUCGAUUAUACGUUAUGAAUUUGAAGGAUCUUUCCGUUCCACAAUUGCUGAAAAUAUUCGUGUUGGAUUUACUACAACAAUCCCAAAAGGUUUCUUGCUAGGUUUUUCAUCUAAUUUAACAGGCGAAUAUUUGACUAUACAAAUAUCUAACUCAGGUCAUUUACGUUGCAUUUUUGAUUUUGGCUUUGAACGUCAAGAAAUUAUUUUCCCCAAGAAACAUUUUGGCUUGGGACAAUAUCACGAUGUACGUUUUUCACGUAAAAACAGUGGCUCUACAGUGGUACUUGAAGUAGACAACUAUGAGCCACAAGAAUAUCAUUUUGAUAUAAAGGCAUCAGCUGACGCACAAUUCAAUAACAUUCAAUAUAUGUACAUUGGUAAAAAUGAAUCUAUGACUGAUGGCUUUGUAGGUUGUGUAUCACGUGUACAGUUUGAUGAUAUAUAUCCACUGAAGCUCAUGUUCCAACAAAAUCCACCAUCAAAUGUUAAAUCACUUGGAACACAAUUAACUGAAGACUUCUGCGGUGUUGAGCCAGUAACUCAUCCGCCUAUCGAUAUAGAAACCAGACCGCCUCCAUUAGUGGAUGAGGAAAAACUAAGAAAGGCUUAUAAUGAAGUGGAUGCAGUACUGUUAGGAUGUUUGCUUGUUAUAUUGUUCCUGUUACUUUGUCUUAUGGGCUUCCUUAUUGGUAGAUAUCUGCAUAGACAUAAAGGAAAUUAUCUGACACAUGAAGAUAAUGGUGCUGAUGGCGCAGAUGAUCCUGAUGAGGCUGUCAUGCAUUCAACAACAGGUCACCAAGUGACUAAACGAAAAGAGUGGUUCAUAUAGUUCGGUUUGCAAGAAGUAGUCGACUGGACUGCUUAAAGAGACAUAGAGCAAUCGUCACCUACACCAAACUAAAACAAGUACACAAACGAUAACACAAUUGUUAAAAAUCAGAAGUUAAACGAAAGAUACAUUUUGAAAACGAAAUACUGGAAGCGACUAUAGGCAUAAAGCAAAAACCAAAAUCAAAUUCUAAAAAGAAAAGAACACAAAUCUUCAUAUAUAAGAGUUUGUACUUUAUGUUCUUCACACUGCCAAUUUUUUGCGCAAUUUUUCUUUUUCAUAUUCGAAAUCAAAAUUGUAUAUUAAAAAUGAUUUUUUUUUUAUCCGUCAC